ACCAUGGAGGAGGGCUUCCGGGACCGCGCGGCUUUCAUCCGUGGAGCCAAAGACAUCGCCAAGGAGGUCAAGAAGCACGCAGCCAAGAAGGUGGUGAAGGGCCUGGAUAGGGUCCAGGACGAGUAUUCCCGCCGCUCCUACUCCCGCUUCGAGGAGGAGGAGGACGACGACGACUUCCCUGCCCCCGCGGACGGCUACUACCGGGGAGAGGGAGCCCAGGAUGAGGAGGAAGGCGGAGCCUCCAGCGACGCCACUGAGGGCCACGAUGAGGAUGAUGAGAUCUACGAGGGCGAAUACCAGGGCAUCCCCCGGGCAGAGUCUGGGGGCAAAGGCGAGCGGCUGGCGGACGGGGCCCCGCUGGCUGGAGGGAGGGGAGGCCUGAGUGACGGGGCCGGCCCCCCUGCGGGCCGAGGGGAGGCCCAGCGGCGCAAGGAGCGAGAGGAGCUGGCCCAGCAGUAUGAAACCAUCCUGCGGGAGUGUGGCCACGGACGCUUCCAGUGGACCCUCUAUUUCGUGCUCGGACUGGCGCUGAUGGCUGACGGCGUGGAGAUCUUUGUGGUGGGCUUCGUGCUGCCCAGUGCUGAGAAGGACAUGUGCCUGUCUGACUCCAACAAGGGCAUGCUGGGCCUCAUUGUGUACCUGGGCAUGAUGGUGGGAGCCUUCUUCUGGGGUGGCCUGGCGGAUCGGCUGGGCCGUAGACAGUGUCUGCUCAUCUCGCUCUCAGUCAACAGCGUCUUUGCCUUCUUCUCGUCUUUUGUCCAGGGUUAUGGCACUUUCCUCUUCUGCCGCCUGCUUUCCGGGGUUGGGAUUGGAGGGUCCAUUCCCAUCGUCUUCUCCUACUUCUCUGAGUUUCUGGCACAGGAGAAGCGAGGGGAGCAUCUGAGCUGGCUCUGCAUGUUCUGGAUGAUUGGUGGCGUGUACGCAGCUGCCAUGGCAUGGGCCAUCAUCCCCCACUAUGGGUGGAGUUUCCAGAUGGGCUCCGCGUACCAGUUCCACAGCUGGAGGGUUUUUGUCCUCGUCUGCGCCUUCCCGUCCGUGUUUGCCAUCGGGGCUCUGACCACACAGCCAGAGAGCCCGCGCUUCUUCCUGGAGAACGGGAAGCAUGAUGAGGCCUGGAUGGUGCUGAAGCAGGUCCACGACACCAACAUGCGAGCCAAGGGACAUCCGGAGCGGGUCUUCUCGGUCACCCACAUUAAGACGAUUCAUCAGGAAGAUGAGCUGAUUGAAAUCCAGUCAGACACAGGGACCUGGUAUCAGCGCUGGGGAGUCCGGGCCUUGAGCCUGGGGGGACAGGUUUGGGGGAAUUUCCUCUCGUGUUUUGGUCCGGAGUAUCGACGCAUUACCCUGAUGAUGAUGGGUGUGUGGUUCACCAUGUCAUUCAGCUACUAUGGACUGACUGUUUGGUUUCCGGACAUGAUCCGCCAUCUCCAGGCUGUGGACUAUGCAGCCCGCACCAAGGUGUUCCCCGGGGAGCGCGUCGAGCACGUGACCUUCAACUUCACCCUGGAGAAUCAGAUCCACCGAGGGGGCCAGUACUUCAAUGACAAGUUCAUCGGGCUGCGUCUGAAGUCAGUGUCCUUUGAGGAUUCCCUGUUCGAGGAGUGUUACUUUGAGGAUGUCACAUCCACUAACACGUUCUUUCGCAACUGCACAUUCAUCAACACCGUGUUCUAUAACACUGACCUGUUUGAGUACAAGUUUGUGAACAGCCGUUUGGUGAACAGCACAUUCCUGCACAACAAGGAGGGCUGCCCGCUCGACGUGACGGGGACCGGCGAAGGCGCCUACAUGGUGUAUUUUGUCAGCUUCCUGGGGUCGCUGGCUGUGCUCCCCGGGAAUAUUGUGUCUGCCCUGCUCAUGGACAAGAUUGGCAGGCUGCGGAUGCUCGCUGGCUCCAGUGUGAUGUCCUGUGUCUCCUGCUUCUUCCUGUCUUUUGGGAACAGCGAGUCAGCCAUGAUUGCUCUGCUCUGCCUUUUUGGUGGGGUCAGCAUUGCAUCCUGGAAUGCACUGGAUGUGCUGACAGUCGAACUCUAUCCCUCGGACAAAAGGACCACAGCCUUCGGCUUCCUGAACGCUCUGUGCAAGCUGGCAGCUGUGCUGGGCAUCAGCAUCUUCACAUCCUUUGUGGGCAUCACCAAGGCUGCCCCCAUCCUCUUUGCCUCAGCUGCCCUUGCCCUCGGCAGCUCUCUGGCCCUGAAGCUGCCCGAGACCCGGGGGCAGGUGCUGCAGUGA